AUGGCUGCUGCACGAGGUCUUUCGUGGAGGAGGCAUGAGACGCUGGAUCUGCUUGCCAUCUGGGGCGAGCGAAGGAUCCAGGUAGCCUUAAGGCAGUCUCACAGAAACAUCGAUCUGUACGAGGAGAUUGCUUCCGAGAUGCGUUCCCGCGGUCACAAUAGGACUGCGCAGGAGUGCCGUAACAAGACGAAAUCCCUUCGUCUUGAAUACAAGAAGGUGGUCGGGCUCAAUGGUAAGUCAGGGCAAGAUAGGAAGACCUGCCCAUUUUAUGAAGAGAUUGAUGCCAUACUCCAUGGGGAUGCAGAUGUGUGGCCCAAAAGGGUAACGCAGAGCUCUGAUGCUCCGGAGCCCCGCAGCUCCGAAGAAUCCAAUGCACCCGCACCUACUGAAACGACUGAAACGCUACUUCUUUUCACGGGGCCGACUGCAGAUGAGACGGUGCAAGUGGAGCCAACCGAUGGCGCAGAUGUUGUGUACCUUGUUUCAGACGUUGUGGAUGGCUCGUUGGAAGACAGCGACCCAACCCAAAUCGAGGUUCUACUGCAGGAAGAACCAAGAAGUGAAGCUGCUGGAGAUCACACAGCCGAGGGACAAGUUGCAGUCAUGGAUAAGGGCAGUGCUGGGGAUGAACCAAGAAGUGAAGCUGCUGUAGUUCACACAGCAGAGAGACACGUUGCAGUCCUGGAUAAGGGCGGUGCCGGGGACGGUCCAACUCCCUCUACAUCUGGAAGGAAGGCAACAAAAAAACCCAACAACACUUCAACAGGCAAAUCUAGGAGCCCAGAAAGAGACCCUGAUCUUCACAACCGUCCACGAGGUGCGGAGGAGCAGCCAGGGCCACCCGUGCAGGAAGAGGAGCAGGAUCCCGAGGGUGAUCCCGAAGGUGCAAGUAGCCCAGCAGGCACACAGGAGGAAGCUGUGCAGCCUGCAGCAGAAGCAGCAGCAAGUAGCCCAGGAGGCACACAGGGGGAGCCUGCAUCUUCACCAUCACCAGCAGCAGCAGCGGCAGCUGUGGCGGCGGCUGAAGAGGAAGCAGGGCCAUCCAGAGUUGCACCGGUGGCAGAGCCUGAGCCUGUGGUGCCUGCAGAAACCUGGCUGGGAGACAUCAGGCGUAUCGAGGCACUGUGUCGGUCUACAUUCAGCGCCUUAACAAGACGGAUGGACGCAUUUGACCGAAGGCUGCGUCGCCUGGAAAGGCGGGUUCAAGGGGGGGGGGCUGUGAAAUAAUGUUGCUGUUGUUGUUGUUGUUAAUUGUUUGUUUUGAUAAAGUAAUGUUAUUGUUGAAA